CCAAAGAAAGAGCAUUGUGAAUGUGGGCCAAUAUUCAAAAAGACGUAUUUGAAGUAGAUGUGGAAUUUAUGUUGGAUACAUUAAUUAAUCAAUCAUUAGUAAAAAUAGACAAAGAUGGACUUAUAAGAGUACAUGAAAAACUACAAGACAUGGGUAGAAACAUUGUUGAGAUUGAAAUGGAGUAUAAAUAUACUCGGAUGUGGAACUUGAAUAUAGAUCUAUUUUAUGGAUUAUCAAACAAGUUAGAGGGGUUAUUUUACAACAACAUAAACAACAACAUGAACAACAAAAAUGUAAAUGGAAUUGGACAUGCUUCUUUUCCAUCACUUCAAUUUUUAAGUUGUGAUGUUGGUGUUUCCACACCUGAAAGUAUUUUAAGGUUAUUAAGCAUAUUUUUUUGGUUGGUUAAGCAUUCUCUGUAUUUAAAAUGUUUUCUACUAGAUAUGCCACAAGAACACAUUUUAAAUGAAGAAUUAGUAAACAAAGUAUUGCCAAUGCUACAUGAUAAAGAUGUUUGGAAAAAGUUUGAGAGUUUAAAUGUCUUGCAAUUGAAAAAUUAUUCUUUUAUUAAGAAAUUUCCAUAUUCAUUCUUUAAAAUUACUACAUUAUUGGAACUUGAUUUAGAAGGAUGCUCAAACUUAACCAUGCUACCAAAUGAAUUGGAGUAUAUGACUUCUUUGAAGUUAUUAAAUUUAAAUGGUUGUACAAGAUUAAGAUCUUUAUCAACAUCCAUAGGAAGUCUUUUCUUUUUGAAAAACUUAAAUAUAAGAGGGUGUUUGAAUUUGACAUCAUUACCAAAUGAAUUGGGUAAUCUCACAUCUUUGACUACCUUAAAUAUGGGUUGGUGCUCAAGCUUAACAUGUUUUCUAUCUGAUUUAGCCAACCUCACAUCUUUGACUUAUUUGGAUAUAAGAGGGUGUUUAAGGUUAAUAUUAUUGUCAAAUGAAUUAGACAACCUCACAUCUUUAACUACCUUGAAUAUAGGAAGGUGCUCAAGCUUGAAAUUUUUACCAAAUGAAUUGGACAAUCUUACAUCUUUGACUUCUUUAGACAUAGGAGGGUGCUCAAGGUUGACAUCAUUGCCAAAUGAAUUAGGCAAUUUCACAUCUUUGACUACUCUUGUUAUAAGUGAGUGUUCAAGCUUAACAUCAUUGCCACAAGAAUUGGACAACUUAACAUUAUUGACUACCUUAAAUAUAAAUUGGUGCUUGAGGUUGAUAUCAUUGCCAAAUGAAUUGGACAACCUCACAUCUUUGACUAUCUUUAAUAUAGAAAGAUGUGCAAUGUUGACAUCAUUAUCAAAUGAAUUAAGAAACCUCACAUCUUUGAUUACCUUAGUUAUAAGUGAGUGCUCAAGCUUAACAUCAUUGCCAAAUGAUUUAGGUAACUUGACAUCUUUAACUACCUUGAAUAUAAGAGGGUGCUCAAGUUUGACAUCAUUGCCAUACAAAAUGGGCAACCUCACAUCUUUGACUUAUUUUGAUAUAGGAGGGUGUUUAAGAUUGACAUCAUUGCUACAAAAAAUAGCUAAACUUACAACUUUGACUACCUUAAAUAUGAGUUGGUAUUUAAGCUUGACAUCAUUACCAAAUGCAUUGGGCAAUCUCAUAUCUUUGACUAUCUUAAAUGUAAGUUGGUGUUUAAAGUUGACAUCAUUGCCAUGUGAAUUAGGUAACCUUAUAUCUUUAACUACCUUGAAUAUAGAAGCGUGCACAAACUUGACAUCAUUACCAUAUGAAUUGUAUAACUUCUCAUCUUUAACUACUUUAAAUAUAAGAGGGUGUUCAAGGUUGACAUCAUUGCCAUAUAAAAUUAGCAACCUCAUAUCUUUGACUACCUUUAUUAUGAGUGAGUGCUCAAGUUUGACAUCAUUACCAAAUAAAUUAGGUAAUCUCAUAUCUUUAACUACCUUGAAUAUAAAGGGGUGUUUAAGAUUGAUAUCAUUACCAUAUGAAUUAGGUAACUUACAUCUUUGACUUCCUUUGAUAUAAGAGGGUAUUCAAGAUUGACAUCAUUGCCAAAUGAAUUGGGCAAUCUCACAUCUAUGACUACCUUAAAUAUAAAAAAGUGUACAAACUUGACAUCAUUACCUCAAGAAUUAGGUAAUUUGGUAUCUUUGACUAUCUUAAAUAUGAGUUGGUGCUUAAGCUUGACAUCAUUGCCACAGGAAUUGGGCAACUUAUCAUCUUUGAUUACUUUAGAUAUGAGUCGAUGUUCAAGCUUGACAUCAUUAUCAAAUGGAUUGGACAAUCUCACAUCUUUGAUUAGCUUAAAUAUAAGUUACUGCUCAAGGUUGAUAUCAUUAUCAAGUGAAUUAGGCAACCUCACAUCUUUGACUACUUUGAAUAUGAGAGGGUACUCAAGAUUGACAUUAUUGCAAGUUGAACUAGGUAACCUCACAUCUUUGACUACCUUGAAUAUGAAAGGGUACUCAAGGUUAACAUCAUUACCAAAUGAAUUGGGCAACCUCAUAUCUUUGACUACCUUAAAUAUUAGUUGGUGCCCAAGAUUGACAUCAUUACCAAAAAAAUUGGGCACCCUCAUAUCUUUGACAAUUAUUGAUACAAGAGAGUCUUCAAGCUUGAUAUCAUAGUCAAAAAGAAUGAUCAAUACUUUUCAAAAAAGAUUCUUGUAAAACAAGUCUAAAAUCAAUAGAUAGUACAUUCAAAAGUUAGUGAGAAAAAAAAAAAAAAAACAAUCCUAAAUAAGAUAAAUUUAAAUUAUGAUUAUUCAAAAAAAAUAGUAAUUUUAAGAAUAUUAAAAUUAGAUAUAUUAUUUUAGAUUUGAAAGAUAAGAUGUAUAUGUUUCUAAUUUUUUGGCAUCUUUAUUUUUUAAAUUUUUACUUGACCUACUUUCUAAUUUUUAA